AAAAAUCAGCAGUUCCAUUGAUAACGCGCAACGAAUUGGAUCUCAGGCACACUCCGAGCCCCAGCAGCAGUGCCCCUCCGCAGCAGCAGCAGCCCCCCUGCUCCUAAAGACGCGAAAAACAAUAACGAAAAAAGUAUUAAGAAGCUUUCCGGCACAAUCGGUCAGUGUGUGUGUCUGUUUGUAACUGUGUUUGUUAGCUAGGGACUGACUGUAAGCGAUGCUUAUGUUCAUGCAUUUUUCAUAAUUUUCGCUUUCGCCUGCUGCUCAGCUACGUCUGACACCGUCGAUUCGUCGAGCGUUUUCCGCAGCGCGUGUGUUUAAUUAUAUCGCCGCAUCCAGGGUGUACUCCCAUAAGCAGCCGCAACAACUGUCGAAAGCGAAACUGCAAAUUAAAUUAAAUUUGCGCAAUCUGCUGAUUCUUUUUGCCAUUGGGUAUUUGUUGCUAACAAUUCAUUAGACUCUGCAGUGCAGAGACACAAAGAGUGAUAAGACACUGAGAGAAAAACACACAAAUUGAUUGCAAUUUUCUGCAAAAGAUUAGCUGAAACAUCUGAAACAGGAAACCAGAGCCAGGUCCAUCAUCUUCCAGACCGAACAAAGCGACGGCGGAGUUAAAUCGUAUAAAAUACACACAGCAACAAAGGGCAAACAAUUGUGUAAAACAGGAAAUGAAUAUGCAAAAGAAAUGCAAAAGGGAUGUGAAAAAUGCAAAUAGCCAAAAUCGAGUUCAAUGGAAAAUGCUGCUAAACCGAACAUACGAGUACUUGUGUUCGGCGAACAGAUUUAGGGGCAUGUCAGUGGCAUGAAGGUGUUCGAAUCCGUACACAAAUGGGACUCACUGUGCAGAUUGCUAAUUGUGGCUGACUGGUAAACCAAAGAAGGCAAAAGCAAAAGCAAAAGCAAAAGCACAUGCGAAAAAUGAAAAAUGCAUUAAAUGCAACCGCAAAAUAGAGCAAAAAGCGAAACCAAUCAGAGGGCAAAAAAGGAAAUUGCACAAGCUGGACGGCAGCACAGAGGGGAUGGCGGGGCGAGUUAGCGAAUGUUAAAAAUUGAUUUCUGCGGUUUCAGCCAGCGGAUAUCGGACUCGCACUCGUUUGACAUCAAAUCUCAGUUCUGCGGACUGCUGUGCGACACAAAAACAAUUCACUAAUUAAUCAAUAAAUAAUCAUAUUUGUGGACAAAAAAAAAACAAGUCAACAGAAUGCCACUGCCGGCGAUUAAUCUGCGUAACAUUUACAUCCUUGCCGCUGUCUACAUCGCAACCCUGCCAGGGCUGACUGUGGGGUUGCGCGAUGUCAAUGUUCGCAUCCCAUCGGCCGUUAAGCGCGGCGAUAAUGCGCUCUUAAUCUGCAAUUAUGACAUCGAGAACGAUACGCUGUACACGGUAAAGUGGUACAGGGGCCGCCGGGAGUUCUAUCGCUACACGCCAAAGGAGAAUCCCGCCUGGAAGAUAUUCACGAAAACGAAUGAAAUCGAUGUCGAGACAACUCAAUCGAAUGCCAGCCAUGUGCUGCUGCGAAAUGUUCCCACCUCCAUAUCGGGGAAAUUCGCGUGCGAAGUGUCUGCCGAUGCUCCCACCUUCGACACCUCCAUUGUGGCCGCCGACAUGGAGGUUGUGGAAUUACCCACCCAACGACCGAUUAUAACUGGGAUACACUCCCGAUAUCGCCUGGGAGACAUUGUCAAUGGCAACUGCUCCUCGGACUACUCCAAGCCGGCGGCCAAUCUCACCUGGUGGAUCAAUGACAUACAGGUGCCGCCCAAUUACUUGCGCAUCUACGAGAUCCAACGGCAUCUGGCCGAGCAUCUGGAGUCGGCUGUGCUGGAGAUCAAUUUCGUGGUGACGGUGCAUCACUUUAUCAAAGGGCGCUUGAAGCUUAAAUGUUCGGCACGUAUACACGAUAUCUAUGCACAGGAGAGCGAGAAGCUGCUUGAGGAAGAUCGCCCGAGGAUCUUGGCCUCAGGCCGCUCCCCAGACAUGAACAUGUAUCCCUUCGAUCAGCCCGGGGAUGUGGAUGAGCACAACGAACUCUUUUUGACACAUAAAAAUGCUGGCUCGUCUGCCGCCGGACUGCGGCUGGCCCUGGUCAACGUCAACUGGAACUGGAAGUGGAAAUGGAAUCUGAUGCAGGGCAAUCAGCUGCUUACCUUCCUGCUGCUUGCACUUCUGUGGCCGGCCAUCUGGCUGUGUGACUGGCGGCACUUCGGUUGCCCCGACUGGCAGUGGGGCAGGAACCUGUUCUGGCACAGUUGCUGCAACGCCGAUGAGACGGAACGGUGAUGAGUCGGCCACAGAUGGCGGCCGAGAUGGAGAGAUGGACUUCAGGCAGGACACAAUGAGGUGCGCUGGCCGACGAGGCUUUAGUUUCAGGUUCAUCGAAUUCGGUAGACGACGAACCCCCUGUGGAUCAUCACCGAAACAAUUAUAGAACUCAUAAUAUACAUAUAUACAUAUAUAUAGAUAUAUAGCGAAUCGAAUAGCAAAAUAACGAAUACAGAGCAGAGGUCCUCACACAUAUACCUAAACCUAAACCUAAACCUAAACCUAAACCUAUGUUAAGUGACUGUAAAAAUCGUACCCCAUAACCCUCUGGUAGCCCCCUGCUCGUACCCUCAGGCAAGUGUAAAUAACCAUAGAAACCAUCAUCACAUGCAUUUACUCUCUAAGCCAGAUUUCCAACGAUUGCUUUCCCCUCGUUUCGUCAAUCCUUCACUGGGUUUGCGGUUUCUGGGACUCGUCCAUAAGUUCUUCUGUUCGCAUCUGUAUCGAAAAACUUGUACAACUAUUUAGCCAUAGAGUUAUGUUUGUUUGUUGUGAGCCUGAGUUUAAAGUGUGCAAAAAGGACUAUUGAAACUAAGCCAAAUAAAGAUUCUUUUAUUUGA